GUUGGAAAUGAGGUGUCGGUCUUGGAGUAGUCGACUUUUAAAAACCAUCGGCAGCGCCUGAUAUGACGACUUCACUGGUUCUGCAUCCACGCUGGGCGGACACCUUGAUGUACGUUUAUGAAAAAAGCCCGAAUGAAAAUAAUCAGAAUAAAAACCAAACAAUGGAGGGACUGAGCGGGAAUUGCCAGGCGACCCAUUGCAGGGACCUGAUGUCUCACCCCGGGUUGGGGCGACAUUCUGGCAGUAUAGCGACUCAUCAAGGCUCCGUGUACUCGGAUAUAUCUUCCCCAGACACCGGCCGACAGUGCCCUGCUCCCCAAACUUCCUCCAGUGCAUCUCUGAGCUACGGUUAUCCAUUUGGAAACCCUUAUUACGGUUGUAGGUUAUCUCACUCGCACAACGUGAACUUGCAGCAGAAGCCCUGCUCGUACCACCCUGCAGAGAAAUAUGCCGACCAUCACACCGCGUUGCCCAACGAAGAGGUGUCUAGCAGGGCGAAAGAGUUCGCCUUCUACCCCAGUUUUGCUAGCUCGUACCAAGCGGUUCCUGGAUAUCUAGAUAUGUCAGUGGUGCCCGGGAUCAGCCACCCCGAACCCAGGCACGACGCGUUGAUUCCUAUGGAGGGCUACCAGCACUGGGCUCUGUCAAAUGGCUGGGAUGGGCAGGUGUACUGUUCCAAGGAGCAAACACAGUCCACUCAUCUUUGGAAAUCACCAUUUCCAGGUAUGAAAUUGAAUAUGUUUUGUCAUUUUAAAUGUCUAGAGAAUGUGUGAAAUUGCAGCAUUGCCCUUUGUUUUUAUUUAGCUUAGAAUUGUUAUCGGUGAUUGUAGUAACCUUUUCCCUCCAUCGAAAUUUACGUCGUUGUUAUUGGCUAUUAAUUACGGGGUUUCUAUAUGAAAUGCAAUGGUUUCCUCGUCAUAAUGUAGCCUUAUCAUUUAUCAUGUGCCACACCAAAGUCCAUAACCUCUAUGUCAAUGAUCAAGUGUAGAGUGAUAUACAAACGAUAAUGUAUAGAAAUGUAUAGCAUCCCUUUAAUACAUUCUUGAGAGACAGCGCAAUAUUUGUAGAAAAUAUCACAGCGUAAUGAAACUGACAGUCAGACAUGGUAGGCUAUUUUCAUCCACUGGGUCCUUUACUGGGGGAGUGUUUGUGUGGUUGGUUGGUUAUGAGGCUGAUCGCUAAAAUAUGCCAAAAUCAAUGGCACGUCUUUCAAUUCAACUCAACACCGUGGAUUGGAAUGUGAUUUUAUGUAUCUGGUAAUAAACAACGUGCAUGACAUAUUGGGAAGACUAGAAACUAUUCAGAAACAAAACAAUUCGUUUCAGCUUUGUUAUUUACAAGUCACAAUAUGACUGCAAUAGUGCUUAAGCCAGGUAGUGAGUCACGCAGCGGCAGAAUAGACAGGGGCAUGACAACAUACAUUUUCUCCUUGUAUGAUAAAAUAGCGAGCUAGGCUAUAGGCUACUGUUGUGCCAAUAAAUCUCUGCGGAGUCUUUGUCAGCAGCGCCCUGCAAUGUUGCGCGAGGGCGCGCUUUGCAUAGGCAGAAUCAAUUUUCCAUUCGCCAAUGACGUGUGCGCCUAAUAUCUGUCCAAAAUACUGUGUUGCAUAACUAUUGAUAAUCCAAUGGCUUUUUGAAAAACAAAGUUUCCCUUGUGUUGGUCACAUAGCCUAUAGUCUGAUAUUUGAUAAAUGAUACAUGGCCCAUAACCGUCCAGUAUGCUGUUUACAUGGUGUUUACUAGCCUGCUUCGUUUACCACAAGGGUUUAACCUCUUGGUGAAAUGUGUAUGUGCAUUUCGGAUACGGAUGCGUUUAAUUGUUGCCCUAGCUAGCUCUCCCCUCACGCCAUUUUGCCUCCUUUUCCAGGAGUUUCCUUAAAAACACACACGCGGACGACGAGCGCGCGCAUUACGCACCACACACACACACACACACACACACACAGUUAAUGUAUAGCCUACGGGUCUGUGUAUCUGUCAGUGUGUGGCUGUGUGUAGAACUGUAAAGUUAAACUUUAAGACUACGUUUCCUCUGUAAAGAUUGAACAUUUCCUCUGAAAACGCUUCAAUCCUAAACAAUAUUGGGACAAUGAUGCCCACAUUUCAGUUGACUUGAGAAAACAUGAGAACCUGUGAGAGUGCAGAAUUUCAACCAUGUUAUUUUCCAAGUAGCACUGGGCUUACCAUGGACUAUUUUGAUAUAACAUGGCGGACGUACCCUGCAACAAACAAUUUAUUUCCUCACGUUUCGUUUCACAAAACACGCACAUUUUCUCCAAGAAAUUUACAUUGUGUAGUUUUGUUAUGCGUACCUGUUAUUUGCGUAUUUCUAAUUCCCUCCAGCCCACUUAGCAUCAUGACUCUCCAACAUUUCCAAAUGCAUAUUUUGACCGAAAGAACAUAGUCUAAUUAUGCUAUUCAGUAUUUAUGGAAUGCUAACGAAAACUAUCUCAUAUGUAAAAACUUAAGUAGACCUAUGGGGUAUGUUUCAUGUUACUACCAUGAACCCAGGCUACCCACCCCCCAAACCUAGUCUCUCGUCUUUAAAGCAACGACAUACCUGUCCUUUCAUGUCUCCCAUACAGACAGAACUGUUGGUCUUAUGGCAUCUUUUUGAGCAGCCAGACAGACCUAAGUCGUAGCUAUAGGUAACUCAAUUCCUAAUUCCCAACAUAAAUCAAACUUCAGCUGUUUGCACUUUAAUGGGCCCAUGCAAAGGUUUGACGGUGUCAACGGGUUCUUGAUAAAUAGGCUACGCAUAUAUCAGGUUAAUUGACCCGGUAGAGGUGAAUGCAUUUAUAGAAGAUGAGAACAUUGCAGAAAUAUUGAUGAAAUGCAAUACUAUUAUCCAUAAGUGCUCAUCUUAUCAUAACAGUACAAUACCAAAAUAUUCAGAGAUCCAUGGCAGGGCCAAUAUUUGUGUAAUUACGCAGUGAUAUGUCCACUGUUGAAAAACGUAUUGUUGAUAUAUUUAUGUUUAUCAAUAUCAUGAGCAUUUAUAUUAUUAUAUGAACAUUGUUAGAUAUUUGUUGUAGGAAGAACGUUUUGGAGAUUUGGUACCUUAUAUAAUCCUUAUUUUAUUUAACUACUUUACAACAUUGUGUACAUCAGCAAGGCCACGCAUAUGUUUUUCUCAUUACAAAUCUGAAAGAGAGACUAUAGUUAAAUCCCUUAUCCCUUUGUUGCGAUAUGCAAGGAUAUAUAAACGAUUCAUCUACCCUCAAGGACCAUCUCUGUGUCGUUCAUGUCUUUAUCAUGGAUCAAGAUUAUCAUACAAUAUUUCACCAAUUUGUCAUGCGCGCUGACUGCCUGUCAUAACAAACGUAUUAAUACAUUAAAUAUAUUUGAAUUCAUCAGAUGCAAAGUUAGUGCUGGGAAAUGUCUUUGCGUAAUACAUCUCUCCUUCUCUAUUUUUUCUCUCCAGACGUAGUCCCUUUGCAGCCUGAGAUCAGCAGCUACCGUCGUGGACGUAAGAAGCGGGUUCCCUACACCAAGCUCCAACUGAAGGAGCUGGAGAAAGAGUACGCCGCCAGCAAGUUCAUCACCAAAGACAAAAGAAGACGCAUCUCCGCCGGGACCAACCUCUCAGAGCGCCAAGUCACCAUUUGGUUCCAGAACCGACGGGUGAAAGAGAAGAAAUUUGUCUGUAAAUCCAAAACGAGUAAUCAUACGCCUAAUACUUGA